AUGGCAUCGGCGGUACCUGGCACCCCCGGCAUCCGGGGUCCUGGCAAUAAAGCUGGCGGCAAGGCUGGGGAGAAGCCUGCGACGACCGAGUCAAAUGUCCGGCCUGCGAUUUAUCCGAGGGAGGGAGAUGUCCGGGACUAUCCCAAGGGCGUUUUCGAGUUACUGUGGACGGGAAUUUUCGGAGACUCUGACAAAAAAUGGGGACCGUUCUAUAAGCACAUCAGAGCGGCCAAGAAAGAGGGCCGCUGGGAGGAGUGGGACACCUCAGAUAUCGUAGCCGCCGAGCCUAACGACAGAAGCGAUAUCAUAGACCCAGAUGAGGACACGAGACGGGACCUGAAGACUCAAAAAUCUGAUGCAUACAUCAUGACACGUGAAUUAAGAGAUGAUGUCCGUCCUGCGCAUCUCAACGUCGAAGAACUACUCGGCAGGCAGAUCCAUCCUGGCGACUACGACGAUAAAUUUUUUAGGCGCCAGUGGAAUGCCCUCUACGAAAACGUAGUGGAGUUCUCAAAUAAGUGGUUUGAUGCCCGCGUGGACCUUCGAUAUCUUACAGAGUCUCAGCAAGGGCCCAACCAGAUUUGGGGCUCACACUUGACGGAACAGUUCACCGAGUAUUCCCGACUCGUUGUUCAAGAAGACUCAAAAGUUGGCGGAUGGCCUGCUAUUUUAAACGAGAGCCAGCAACGAAAAUGGCUCGUAGUUGGUAUCAUGGCCCAGAUUAUAGAGAAAAAGAUUUUUACCGAGCUCUUGUUCGGGGCCGAACGGGUUAUCCAGGAUGAACUAGAAAGGCUUGACCUCCUAUGGAUACAAAAAGAAGGUUACGGCCGCAAGACUGCUCGUGCUAUCACCGCGAGAUACGGCAUGGAGGGACGUCUGCUGCCGCGCAAUUUCUGGACCCAGGUUGACGACUUGGCGGCCAAGACGAUGAAGGUAUUCCUACCGCUACUUAACGCGAUGAAGGAGGUUGUUCCGAACAGUCUGGCGAAUGACUAUUGUCAAGAGUGCUUCUUACAAGAAAUACACGCUAUCAUCGCACACGCGGGUGUGAUUCAGGUCUGCACCGCCGUCUCUCCUAGUAUUUUUCAUGUUCUUUCUGCUACACCCGGCGCGCGUAUGGACUACGAUAUCGAGAGGCAAUCUGAUAUGCAAAUAUAUCGCGAUUCUAAGGCGUUUUACGAGGAGCAAGACAGACACUGGACUGAGUACGUUACGGAAUCUAUGGCCGGGCGACCGGCUCAGAACCGCACCGGAACUCCCAUCAAACUGCCCCAGAACGAGGAAGAACGCCGUACCAUGGAGUACCAUCGGAUCCGCGGUGCUAGGGUUAAAUUUGCCGUAUUCCCCAAGUUAACGCGGUACCACCCCAUUAACAAAGGCAAAGGUGAAGCCGAGCUGGAAAGGCCUUUCGAGGACGAGGUGAGCUGGGAUGGAUAUAAGGAAACCAGCGAGGGCCAGGAUGUUGUCAACCUCUCAGACUGCUGGGUCAUCUAUAAACAGGGCUUGAUAUACCCCGAAGAGGGAUUCGUCGAUGCGCAGACCUUGGAUAGUCACCUGCAAUCGCUUAUCAAACCACCGACGGGGUUGGUUGGCUGGCUUUGGAUGGUGAUCAUGUCAUCAUGGUCUACGUUUAGAAAAGCGUUUUGGCAUAUUCUUUUUGUCGCCGCUCUUUCUUUAUUAGUCUCUUCCUUCUUUGUGGGCGCUUCCUACUUCCGAUGGCUUGCCGCCAAUAAGCUUCCUUACAUCUUCUUUUCCCUCUUUUGCGGAGUCCAGAUUGUGCAAAUCCUUCUCCGUAAGGGCAAGACAUUUCCUGCCUGGGUCAUCAUCAGUAUUCCAAUUGCGUUAACGUACGGUACCGGCUUCAUCUAUUACACUCUAUCUCGGUCGGGGGAUGCUGCCGAUGCUGACGCGCAUGAAUAUGUCGAUAAUGUGCUUAACAAUGCUGGAGCGUGA